GGGAACGGAUCGCGGGAGUAUCCCGAAGAACGCGACGCGUGGAAGGUGGCUCCGUCUGUGCCAUAACUGCAGGCAGUUGCAUGGGAGGAAGUGGCUUGGAGCUUUUUUCACUUCUACCAUUGAGGAUUUAAUUUCAUCAUCUCUGAUUCUGUCCUUUAAAAAAGGAAGAAAGAAAGAAAAGCAGCAACAGCGAGUCAGACUCACACACAACAUGUUGUUGCGCAGAAGGACUUCCACUCCCUGGCUGUGCUGUUAAUGUUAGCAAUCAGGAAAAGCCUUUGGGGGCUGCAGAUUCUCUCUAGUCUGAUGCUGCUGCUACCACCACCACUGCUGCUCAGGAUUUUGGUGCAGGAAAUCCAAACUGCUGCCUUCUCUGUCCGCUGAGCUCUUCACAUCUGCAUGUCUCUGCUGCUCAUAUACGCACCAUCUCACGCCCUCUCUCCAUGGACUGACUGCUGUUGAGGAAAGACAAGCCUGCCCAAGUGAUUGUUUUGCUUUUUUUUCCUUUGGGAGGAACACAAAUUAUAUUUAUUUGUGAUAUUCUGGAGGAUCUGUUUGGUGGAUAACCUUUUUUGGUGGGGAGGAAAACAUGACGUCGCCAGCUAAAUUAAAAAAGGAUAAGGAGAUCAUAGCUGAAUAUGACACUCAAGUCAAAGAGAUUCGAGCCCAGCUUAUUGAACAACUGAAAUGUCUUGAUCAGCAAUGUGAACUUAGAGUCCAGCUGCUCCAGGACUUGCAGGAUUUUUUUCGCAAGAAAGCUGAAAUUGAAAUGGAUUACUCCAGGAACUUGGAGAAGCUGGCUGAACGAUUUCUGGCAAAAACAAGGAGCACCAAAGACCAGCAAUUCAAGAAGGACCAGAAUGUUCUUUCUCCUGUCAAUUGCUGGAAUCUCCUCUUAAACCAGGUGAAGAGAGAGAGCAGGGACCACACUACUUUGAGUGACAUCUAUCUGAACAACAUAAUCCCUCGGUUUGUUCAAGUCAGUGAAGACUCUGGACGACUUUUCAAAAAGAGUAAAGAAGUUGGGCAGCAGCUCCAAGAAGACCUGAUGAAAGUCCUGAAUGAGCUCUACACGGUAAUGAAGACCUACCACAUGUACAAUGCUGACAGCAUCAGUGCUCAAAGCAAGCUGAAAGAGGCAGAGAAGCAGGAAGAAAAACAGAUCGGUAAGUCUGUGAAGCAAGAGGAAAAGCAAACUCCACGCUCCCCUGAUUCAGCCUCCAGUGUCAAGUUUGAAGAAAAGCAUGUCCGUCGGAGCUCAGUCAAGAAGAUUGAGAAGAUGAAAGAGAAGCGCCAAGCAAAAUACACAGAAAAUAAACUGAAGGCUAUUAAGGCAAGAAAUGAAUAUCUGCUGGCUCUGGAAGCCACCAAUGCGUCUGUAUUCAAGUAUUAUAUCCAUGACCUGUCUGAUCUCAUUGAUCAGUGCUGUGACCUAGGAUAUCAUGCCAGCCUUGGUAGGGCACUUAGGACAUUCCUAUCAGCAGAGCUGAAUCUAGAACAAUCAAAGCACGAGGGCCUGGAUGCCAUUGAGAAUGCCGUGGAAAACUUGGAUGCCAACAGUGACAAGCAGCGCCUGAUGGAGAUGUGUAACAGUGUCUUCUGCCCACCCAUGAAGUUUGAGUUUCAGCCCCACAUGGGUGACAUGGUAUUUCAGCUAUGUGCCCAGCAACCAGUGCAGAGUGAGUUGGUACAAAGAUGUCAGCAGCUGCAGUCUAGGCUAUCCACUCUGAAGAUUGAAAAUGAAGAGGUUAAAAAAACAAUGGAAGCCACACUGCAGACUAUUCAGGAUAUUGUCACGAUUGAAGAUUUUGAUGUAUCUGAUUGCUUCCAGUAUAGCAAUUCUAUGGAGUCUGUAAAAUCAACAGUUUCUGAAACCUUCAUGAGCAAGCCAAGCAUUGCCAAGAGACGGGCCAAUCAACAGGAGACUGAACAGUUCUACUUCACAAAAUUGAAGGAAUAUCUGGAAGGGAGGAAUCUCAUCACCAAGCUCCAGGCCAAGCAUGACCUCCUCCAGAAGACUCUGGGAGAAAGUCAAAGGACUGACUGCUCUCUUGCGAGCAGACGCAGUUCUACCAUAAGAAAGCAGGAUUCCAGCCAAGCAAUUCCUUUGAUAGUAGAGAGCUGUAUACGAUUCAUUAGCAGACAUGGACUCCAGCAUGAAGGAAUAUUCAGGGUAUCUGGAUCUCAGGUUGAGGUGAAUGAUAUAAAAAAUGCAUUCGAGAGAGGGGAGGAUCCGCUGGCUGGAGACCAAAACGACCAUGAUAUGGACUCAAUAGCGGGAGUUCUAAAGCUCUAUUUUCGUGGGCUAGAACAUCCCCUCUUUCCCAAGGAAAUCUUUCACGACCUGAUUGCCUGUGUCACAAUGGACAAUCUGCAAGAGAAAGCUCUGCACAUCCGAAAAGUCCUGCUGACAUUGCCUAAAACCACGUUGAUUGUAAUGAGAUACCUCUUUGCAUUCCUCAGCCAUUUAUCUCAGUUCAGUGAAGAGAACAUGAUGGACCCCUAUAAUUUAGCCAUCUGCUUUGGACCCACACUGAUGUCAGUGCCUGAAGGCCAUGAUCAGGUCUCCUGCCAAGCUCAUGUUAAUGAGCUCAUCAAAACUAUAAUCAUACAACAUGAGAAUGUCUUCCCAGGACCAAGAGAGCUGGAGGGACCUGUGUACACCAGGGGUGGAAGCACUGAGGAUUACUGUGAAAGCCCCCAUGGAGAAACAGCCUCCACAGAAGACGCCACUCAGGAUAUCACUAUUGAACACCAUACCAGUGAUGAUGAAUGUGAACCCAUUGAAGCAAUAGCCAAAUUUGACUACACGGGCAGGACAGCACGCGAGCUGUCCUUUAAAAAGGGGGCUUCACUCCUGCUUUAUCAUCGGGCCUCUGACGACUGGUGGGAAGGCCGUCACAACGGCAUUGAUGGUUUGAUCCCCCAUCAGUACAUUGUUGUCCAGGACACUGAGGAUGGGAUGUCUGAAAGAUCAAGCCCAAAAUCUGAAGUAGAACUAAAUUCUGAGCCACCUGAAGAAAAAGUGACAGCCAGAGCUGGUUCGAAUUGUCCAAGUGGCAGCCAUGUUGCUGACAUUUAUCUUGCAAAUAUCAAUAAACAAAGAAAGAAGCCUGAGUCCGGGAGUAUACGAAGAGCAUUCCGUCAGAGUGACAGCCAUGGAUUACCCAGCUCACUGGGUGACCCCACACCAUCUGGAGCUAUAGCCAGUCCUCGUCCUUCUUCACAACCCAUUAUGAGCCAAAGUCUCCCAAAGGACGUACCAGUGCCAGAUGCAUGCUCUAUCAGUGGCCAUGGGAGCCUCAAUUCUCUUAGUCGGCAUGCCUCUCUGAAGAACAGAAUAGAUAGCCCCCAUAUCCGGAAGAAUGUGACUGCAGGAAGGUCAAAGAGCUUUAAUAACCAUCGACCCAUGGAUCCUGAAGUCAUUGCACAGGAUAUUGAAGCUACUAUGAAUUCUGCUCUGAAUGAGUUGCGGGAGCUGGAAAGGCAAAGCAAUGUGAAACACACACCAGAUGUUGUUCUUGAUACGUUGGAGCCAUUAAAAAUGUCCCCUGUUGUAGCACCCACCUCUGAGCCUUCCAGCCCUUUGCAUACUCAGAUCCUCAAGGACCCUGAACCAGCUUUUCAGCGGAGUGCCAGCACGGCAAGCGACAUUCCCUGUGCCUUCAGGCCAGCAAAAUCUGUCAAAAUGGCUGCCCAGGUCAAACCUCCAGCCACCAGGCCAAAGCCAGCAGUUUUCCCCAAAACAAACUCCUCAAGCGCUGCAGUUGCCUCAGCUUCUCAACAGUCUACUGACAAGUCCUGUACUGUCUGAAAUUGAAAAGCCUACUGUGAAUACAGCAUUUUUGUUUCAGCUUAGGGAACUCUGUUAAGGAGACCUUACAAUUUCUAUUUAAUUAGAAUUGAACUUCAACUGAAGAUUAGUUCAUAAGUUACUGGUGCCAGGGACGUUCCCACCAAGAAAGAUCCAGCUAAUUAAGCCUCACUUUAUACCACCAUUGGCAUUUACUAGGGUGUCAAAAGUCUGUGUAGCCUGAGACGUAGAAAGCCCGAGACACUGUGAAAUCAGUGAGGGAAAGGCACAAUUAAUUAGCUUAUUAUUGGUAAUUAAUGCCUUGUUCAAGUGUGUGGUCACUGAAGAUUUCUCUCUGAGAUUUCUCUCAGUGACCACAUGACUUGGGAAUUAGUAGAAAGGACUUUCUUGUUUCAACCACUACAGGGAAAACAAUACUGUGUUUGUUAUCCAUGGAUGCUUUUGUUGCCACUGGCUAAGUGGGUUUUGGGCAAGCCUAGGGCUUAUUUUUGCGCAUGACUACAGUGCUCAACAGUGCUACAAGAUGUAUUAACUUUCCAUUCUCUCCCAUCUCUUUUCAGGCAUACACAUUCUCAGACACUAGGUUCAGGGUUUUCAGUCCUAGGCUGAAAACCAUCAUGAAAUGUGCUGUGCAAGCAUAGUCCUUGGCUGAUUGAGGCAUGUCUGUAUGCACACAUGUAUGUUCAUUUAAAGUUAAACUAAUCUUAUGGGGGAGAGAAAAAGCAUGAGAUCUUGCAUGCUUAAAACACUUCCUAUUUAUAUCUUUCCAUGGUGCUUCCAGAGCAUAAGGGAACCUGAAUAGUUCAGAAUGAGAUUCCAAUAAAAUAGCCUUUUUUCAUGGGGACCCAGCAGGCAAACUGGAAAGAUAAGUUAAACUUUUAAAACAAGCUAUUGGAGUUCAUUUUCUGUUUCUCUUUUGUCCUCUCUGUUCUCCCCAUCCUUCUUUGUGGUUCUGUCUGCUAUGAGUUUGAGGUAUAACUGGCAGCCUAAAUUUAAGAAAAUCAAAGCUGCCUUGAGACAUAGAUACUUGUCCAGUAUGCACCAUAUUUCUGGGAUAGAUUACCCUUUCUUCAAGUAUUCCACAGACGAUCCAGCGAAUCAGCUUAGUAUCUGAUAUUUUCUAUGGUGGAUUAUAGUGGUUCCAAAUUCCAACAAAUUACAUAGACUCUUGUUUGCAUUUAUUGAAAAAUAAAUUCCCAUUCAAGAAAAUAACCAUCCUAAAAAGAAAAGAAAAUGCACAUUGAAAAGCAUCAGGGUGAGUUUCUCUGCUGAUUUAUUUUCUCCAACCAAAGGGAUUCUGAAUUAAAAUGCAUUUCAUCCCACUUCUCCGAUAGUCAGCUGAUGCUGAGAAAGAACUGAAAUGUUUUUCUUUUAUGCUGUAGGUUUGAACUGCAAUCUGUUUUUCUUAUGAUUAUAGUUAGAGAUUUUUUUAAAAAAAUUAUGUGAACAAACUUGACAGUAUUUUUUUUUCAGACCAGGGUUGUAAUUUAAACUGCCCUUUUCUUUUGAUCUUUCUUUUUUUUUUCAAAUGCUUGGAUUUUUAAUUGCGUGUAAAAGGCUUGACAAUCUCAGUGAUAAAAUGAAACCAUGUGGAUUUGGAGGACCAUUUUCUCCCUGUUUGUGUGUGCACAUUUCCUCCUCAUCUUGAAUUUUUAGACUUGAGCACUGCAGUCUGAUAAUUAACUCUCAGGAUUGGUCGGAAUUCCUUUCUUCCUUCCUAUUACGUUUCACUGAGGCAAAGCUACUGGAUAUUUUAGAGUACUUUACUUUUUUAAAGAUUACACUAUUGCUGCCAAUUUUUAAGCCAGAGGUAGGUUUUUUCCGCAUGGUAACCAGAGGGAGGAUCAACACUAUGUCUCUUCUAGAGCACUGAUACUAGCAAGCCCUAAAGCCUACUGAAUGUGUCCCAUUAAGAGCACACCAGGUGCCUUAGCACAUGGCAUGAAUAGGCAUAUAUCUUUAUGCUAGGUGAUGAGCAACCCAGUUCACCAAAAUAACUCAAGUGAACAACACUUUAUUUUACCUAGGUUUAUACCAUGCUUUGCACCCCUGGAAAGCUUCCAGUUACCUAACAGGGGUGUGUGUGGGUGUGUAUUAAGAGUAUUUUGUUAUGCAGGUAGUAGCUGGCAAUUUUGUCUUAACUGUCCUUUUUGGGUAUGUUCUCUCUCUCUCUCAACACUGGGCAGAAUUCUCACCUUACAUACAGAUUAUCAUGUCCUCAACUCAAUUUAAGUGUACGCUGAGAUCUAUAUUGCAAAUAUACAAAUACUUAAAUCACCUAUUUUAAAAUCUCUAGGUGACAUGGAAACAGUUCCUGCUGCACAUAAUAGUGCCCUUCUACUACUCAAAAGGAAAGUGCUUCCCCAGAUAGGUGAUGAGCAAAGUACUGCAGAGAGAGAGAGAAUAAAAUUGGGCAACAUUGACAUGACAAACUUUCACUGAUUGUAUGUUAGUUAAUAGUCAUAGAUUUCUAUCAUUCUACUUUGGUGAGACUUAAAGUAUACCUAGAAGUUCCUACUUCUACUUCUCUCACACACAGAAGGACUUAGGGUGUCAGUGUUCAUGGGAUAGAAGGGAAGACUUCUUAAAAGCAAUUAGCACAAUUCUCACCCCUUGGUGCUAAUGGCCAGAAAGGAUUAGGAUGGCACAUUAAUGUCCCUCUUCUCAGUAACCAGCAACAUAUAGGAGCGACUUGUAUCUGGAAGGCAAAAUCCUGGUCUUUUACCAACGAGCAGAUGGAGUGCAGAACUUUCAAUUUAUUUUUCUUGGCAGCUACUAUGAACAAAGCCAUGCCAUAAGCAACAUAAUCUAAAUUGGACAGUAAUAGAGAAGCUUUAUGAAUAGGGGACCAGUUAAUAACCCUUUUUAGCUACUGUAAUAAAUCUCUCUGUGUAACAUGUAACAAAUCAUAUUCUCACUAUAAGACGUUCACAAAUGCAUCAUAUUUACCAUAUUUUCUAGCUACAUUCAGUUAAAAUUAGGAAACAAGUCUCAUCAAACUUAGCAGGAUUUCCUGCCAAGUAAACAUAGGAUUGUCCAGUUUUUGCAACAUAGAGUUGCCCAUAAAAUGUUAUUUAUGGAACUGGAAUCCUGUUCAUAGUUACGUGCUUUUUUGGUUAAAAUCUACCUGUAUUUUAAAGCCAAAUGUUGAUAACUGGAACCAUGUUUGUUUUUUUUAAAAAUAGUGUUGUAAGAAAGUAUCACUUGACAAAUGUAUGAAGGUAAUCUAAGCAGAUAUUUGAGAGGGAAAGAAAGGCAGUUAGCUGUUAGUUUUCUGAGCUUCUGAACAUGCAAUUCAAUUACUAACAUGUCAGAACAUUGUAUUAUGAGCGACACUAAAAUAAUAUUCCUUUUGCCACUGGUGGAGUGGAAGAAGACUGGAAAAUACAGAAUGGUACUGUGAGCAUGAAAAGUCAUAGUUUUUCUUACUACUAUACAGUUCCUCAUUUGAAUAUUAUUCUGUUGAGAUGACAGGCUUCCCCUAACAGGGAGACCAAAGCAGAUAAAAGCAGGAACAUUCCCAGCUUUGACCCUUCCUUCAACAGUAGGCAACUUAUAAUGAGCCCCUAGACCAGUGUUUCUCAGCCUUGGCCACUUGAAGAUGUGCAGACUUCAACUCCCAAAAUUCCCUAGCCAGCCAUGCUGGGAGGGGAAUUCUGGGAGUUGAAGUCCACAUAUCUUAAAGUGGCCAAGGUUGAGAAACACUGCCCUAGAAUAACUGUUGACUAGUUGAAAGCCUGAUUUUUUUCCUAUGGGAUCAUGGCUGCACACCAGAUUCAGUGCUGCAGAAACAAAUCUGUCUAUUUGAAACUCUUCUAGCUUGAGAGUUAUUUCACUGCAACUGAUCUUAAUCUUUCCUUGUCCCAGCUGGCAGUGAUUAUCUUCUUCAGGCUAAUCAGAAUAUGGUGGAAGACAGCCAAGCCCUCUCCUUAAUUACCAUCAUCCUUCCUCCUCUGCUGACUAUCUGAAAGAGAGAGUGGAGGAAAGAUUGGUACAUGCCCUUGAAUGCUCUGUUUUAUUCCCCUUUUGGCAUAUACCAUAAAGACAAGGUUCUAGUUUUAUGUUUGUUUUGUUUUGGAGGAUCUCUCCAGCUUUCUGGAUAGUUUCAAGAGAAGAGGUUGAUUGCUGGGGCCUGACAAUAACUUAAAAAACUGAGUAAACCAUGAAGCCACCAGUUUCCAAGUUCUGAUUAUGUUCUUUGACCCUGAUGCCAGAAAGCACUUUUGAGCAUGAUGGAUGUAAGCAAUCUCCUUAAUAGCCAGUUCGCAGAUUUUCUAGGCCACAGCCCAAAAAGGAUUAAAAACUUUUCCAGGCUAAACAUUGAUUUCCACUGAACCUUUUCUAGAAAGAAAUGUAGAGGUUACUUAAGAUGGCUUUCAGUAACUACAGAACUUUAAUGAAAAAGUUUCUUAAGCAGGAAGAAAAGGGAGAAGCUAGUUGUCCUAUAAGCCUCCAGUCAGAUUUGCAACCUACAAAAUAUCAAGGGGUGGCCUUAGGCUGUAAUUUCUCAAAGAGGCAAUGCAUUUGGGGAGUUAUUUUAAUAAAUGUUGACAUGAACAUGGUGCUGAAUAAUCUCCCACAACUAAAUAAGUGAAUACUAAUACAUUUUAUUCACAGCAAUCAUUCUACAUUGCUCACAGCUUUACAGAUAGCUCUCAGAAAUGUUUCUAACCUCAGCCAAUCUGAAAUGAUGCUCAGACUGCACAAGGCAUGGAGAAGUAGCCUACUUUUUCUCUGCUGUGUAGCACACAAAUAACUAUGCAUGAGCAGUAGCUGCUUUUAAAGAUGUUAACAACUCUUCCAAUUCACCUGCUUAAAUGGAAAGGAGAAAAUAUUUAAUCAGUGUUUCCAUCUUAGGUGAUCAUGCAAGCAUGGGGUGGAAAAAUAUUUAAACUUUUGAGAUAGUUUUUUAAAACAACAUUGCCAGAACAGACUGUAUAUUUAAAAAUAUAUAUAUCUAUAUAACUUCUAGGCCAUUUUUGCUUCUAACAAGUGAAAUGAAAAUUACCUUCAUUACUGUAGCAGCAUUCUAAUAAUUUUCUGAAGGACUUUUGCUGCUCAGUCACUCUGUCUCUGGAAGUAGGAGGCAGUAAUCUGCCCAAGCAGAGCUUCAUGGUCUGGGCUCUGUGAGUGCCAAACUGCUAGAGCAAUAUACUUAAAAUGCAACAGGCGAUGGAAAAGACAAGACUGAAAUCCGUGUAGCCAAAACCCAGCAAAUGCCGAAGCAUAUGUAUUUGAAAAAGAAUGGCAGCAAUGUCUUUAUUCUACUGUACGUAACACAGUUCAGUUGCACAGUAAAGCAAUUUUCAGUUUUUGUGUUAAAAUCUAAUCCUGUGAAGUCAGGUUUGAGUCCAUUCAUGCAUUUUUUAAUUAAUUGCAGCUGUAAUGGGUUUGGAAUGAAAUGUUUUUGUUUUAAAAGCAAUUUUCAAUUGUUCUUUAUUUUCUACACCAGUCUCUACAUAUGGUGUAUAUUCCUGUCAGAUCAGAAAGCAAAACAAGAAACCUGUACUUUGUAUAUACUAUUAUGUACAAUAUUGGAGGUACAUCUCUUCUUUCUUUGGUACAGUAUUAGAGGAGUUAAUGUGUUGGAACUGUUAAAUCCUUCCUGAAGGAAGACAAAUAUUUGUUGUCAUUAGCAAUAGUUUUGGAGAAAUAAAUGUUUGGGUAUGGUGGAAGUGCUGGCCUACAGAUAAACUGUGUGAUGUCUAAUUUCUGCAAAAGAUACCGAGAGUAAGCUGUGUGUCGGUAAGAGUUGCCACUAUAUUCUAAGUAGGUCCCUGCAAACUGUGCCGAAUCUGCCAUUUUUUAUCUUGGAAAUAAAAUGUUGUAAGCACAGAGAUUUCUGUUUUGAAAUCUGUAUUACUGGAAAUAUGAGCAAUUUGUAAAAC